AUGGGGGACGAUACGACCCCGCAGACGGGGACGACAGGAGAACCCCAGAAGAACCCUCAACGACUCUCUCUCCCUACCUGCGGGAUUUGCCACAAAACCAAGUUCGCUGACGGCUGCGGCCACCUCUGUUCAUAUUGCCAAACGAAAUUCUGUGCUCGGUGCGGAGGACGAGUGUCUCUGCGGUCAAAUAAGGAGGACAAAGUGGUUAUGUGGGUAUGCAACUUGUGCCGAAAACAACAAGAAAUACUCACCAAGUCGGGGGCGUGGUUCUACAGCGGCACUGCAGGGCCACGGGGCGUGUCUGAGGGCCCCCGGGGUCGACGUCACGAGGAGGCCCCCCAGGAGAAGAAGGCCAAACUGCAGCAGGACCUCCUCUUCCAGGGGCCCCCAGGGGACGUAUCAGCAGACAGAAGCAGACCUCCCGGGCUCCCCAGACAAGGCUCCUCAACAACGGCUCAGGGCUGA